AGGUUGAGUUUUCAUCAAUUAAUUUGAUUGACUCUUCUUUCUUCAAGUAAACGAUUAAACAGCUCCGAUAUAAUUAAAGGUAAACUUUGACAGAGGAAUCGUUGUAGUGGCGAUGCAAAAGACUGUCAAAAUUAUGAGAAUGAAAAUGUUUCACUGAAAGGUAAACACAUGUAAUGAUGAUUUUAUGAUGACACGUUUGUUGUCAGGAUCAUGAUGUAGUUAUGAUGUCAAUAGGAAUCUUUUAUAAGGCAAUUGAGGAUAUAAAUACAUGAAUAAACCGGUGACAUGCAAAUUACCAAACAUUGCGAACUGGUUAAUUUAAUGUUUUGACCAAUUUGUUUAUUGAUAACUUGACACUUGAUGUUACACAACCCUUUCUAUGGCAAUGACCAAUCGCGUCAAUGACAGAAGAGGCAGGGAUUUAACUUGAGUUUUGCAUGAUAUUGGAAAGUUUACUUGACUGUAUUACAAAAAACAAUAUUAAAACAGUCAAGAGACAACAAUCUGGAAUCAACAAAACGAUAAUAGGCAAUCUACUCAACAAAUCACGCUACAACUUUUCUUUUUUCAAAUCAAUAUCUUGCAAGUUUCUUCUAUUUUUAGUUAUUUUGUAAGUUUAAUUUAAUGUAACCCUCCUCCGUAUUUGUGAUUCCCUCCACUGUGUCCCAAUAAAAACGGCAGUCUGAACCGUUUAGCAUUGCAAUAUGUGCAAGGCAGAUGAAUGUAACUGCCGGAUCCUCGUCUAGCGAAGAGUUUUAUUCACAUUUUGAUGCUCUCUUAUUUGAGGCUCAACAGCUUAGCCCAACUUUGCUUUUAUUUUAUCAGAUGUAGUGAAUAUUGAAUUAAAAUGAAUUGUUAAAGGCAUGACCGGGUAGGGAAGAGUUGGAAGAGAUAAAAUAAGACAAUCAAUAUGCUUAUUUUAUGAGUUUUAAUGCGUGAACAAAAAUAUUUUGGGAGAAACAGUAUUAACUCAAAUGUAACUGUUUCAUACUUUUUGAAUCCCCUAAUGAGCCUUCAGGUUACGAGUUUUUUAUUGUAUUCAUAGAUGGCGCUUGAAUCAAGAUUACUGUCAGCCAAUCAGAAACGUUUAUUUUAGACGUUACUUUAUUCAAAUUCAAGUUGAUAAACUGUCAAAAUAGUUUAUUCGUUCUUCCCGGUUCUUAAACAUCUAGUUCUUUACAAGUUUUUCAAUCAAUUGUACUAGUUUUUACACAUUUUUAAUUGUUUUUAAUUCGACAUGGAAUUUGAAUCACCAGUGCUAUCUUCGGGGGAUAGACCUCCACUCAGUUCAAAAUCUACAACUACAAAUAAAAGACUAAGUGUUGAGCGGAUUUACCAAAAGAAAUCACAAUUGGAGCAUAUUUUGCUCCGACCAGAUACUUACAUCGGUUCUGUAGAGCCUGUUACUCAACAAAUGUGGGUUUACAACGAUGAAAAAAGUGAAAUGGUUCUUAAAGACAUUACAUAUGUCCCUGGUCUUUACAAAAUUUUUGACGAAAUUUUAGUUAAUGCUGCCGAUAACAAACAACGGGAUAAAUCAAUGAACUUGAUCAAAAUCGAUAUUGUUCCUGAAGACAAUAUGAUCAGAAUUUGGAACAAUGGUGCAGGUAUACCGGUUGUGUAUCACAAGGCGGAAAAUAUGUAUGUUCCGUCCUUGAUUUUCGGCCACCUUUUAACUUCAUCAAAUUUCAAUGAUGAUGAAAAAAAAGUUACAGGAGGUCGUAAUGGUUAUGGAGCAAAGUUAUGUAAUGUAUUUUCCAAAAAGUUCAUCGUAAAAACAUCUUCUAAAGCCUAUGACAGCUCUUUUGAACAAACAUGGACUGAUAACAUGUCCAAAGCACAAGAAGCUAAAAUUGGAAAAGCGGCUAAGUCUGACUUUACAUCUGUAACUUUCUACCCUGAUCUAUCAAAAUUUAAAAUGCAGUCGUUAGAUGCGGAUAUUGUGGCACUUUUCAAGCGUCGUGCUUUUGAUAUUGCUGGCUCUACUAAAGGUGUAAAAGUAGUUCUUAAUGGCGAAGAACUACCAAUCAAGAACUUCAAAGACUAUGUUAACCAAUAUCUUAAGGGUAAAGUUGAUGAUCAAGGUGGACCUCUUCAAUGUGCAUAUGAAGAUGUAAGCGAUAGAUGGCAAAUUGCUGUGGCAUCCAGUGAUAAAGGAUUUCAACAAGUUAGCUUUGUAAAUAGUAUUGCAACUACUAAAGGUGGUCGUCAUGUGGAACAUGUCAGCGAACUAAUUCUUACCAAAUUGACCGAGGUAAUCAAAAAGAAAAACAAAGGAGGCGUCCAGGUUAAGCCACAUCAACUGAAACAUCAACUUUGGGUGUUCAUAAAUUGUUUGAUUGAAAAUCCGACUUUUGACUCCCAAACUAAAGAAAACAUGACAUUACAGACUAAAAAUUUUGGAUCUAAGUGUAACCCAUCUGAUAAGUUUUUCACCACUGUUUUAAAAAUCGGUAUCGUUGAAAAUAUUUUGCAAUGGGUUAAGUUUAAAGCUCAAGAACAACUCAACAAGCAAGGAGUCAAAUCGAAGCAUAGUAGAGUUCACGUUCCUAAAUUGGAAGAUGCUAAUCUUGCUGGAGGAGCUCGAUCAAUCGAGUGUACACUGAUUUUGACAGAAGGAGACUCAGCUAAAUCAUUAGUUGUUGCCGGUCUUGGUGUCAUCGGAAGAGAUAAAUAUGGUGUAUUUCCGUUGCGAGGUAAAUUGUUGAACGUUAGAGAAGCCGCUGUUCCACAAAUCAUGAAGAAUGAAGAAAUCCAGAACCUAAUCAAAAUCGUUGGAUUGGAUUAUCGUAAAAAAUAUGAGCGAGAAGAAGAUCUGAAAUCUCUUCGAUAUGGAAAAAUUAUGAUUAUGACCGAUCAAGAUCAUGAUGGUUCCCACAUUAAAGGUCUUCUCAUCAAUUUCAUUCAUCAUAAUUGGCCAAAUCUUCUGAAGCUUCCUUUCUUGGAAGAAUUCAUUACUCCAAUUUGUAAAGCUACCAAAGGAAACAAAGUCAUCUCAUUUUAUUCUUUACCAGAAUUUGAAGAAUGGAAAGCUGAAACUCCUGAUCAUAAAAAUUGGAAGAUAAAAUACUACAAAGGUUUGGGUACAAGUACCUCUAACGAAGCAAAAGAGUACUUUACAGAUCUUGCACGUCACAGGAUUCGAUUCAAGUAUGGAGGUCCUGAAGAUGAUCAGUCUGUCAUUCUUGCUUUCAGUAAGAAAAUGGUCGAUCAAAGAAAAGAAUGGUUGACUAAAGCCAUGGAAGAAAGAAAACAAAGACGUGAAGAUGGAUUAGGAGAAAUUUAUUUAUACCAAAAAGACACAAAAGUUGUUUCAUACAAAGAUUUUGUCAACAAAGAAUUAGUUCUUUUCAGUAAUCUUGAUAACGAACGAUCGAUUCCAUCAGUAAUGGAUGGAUUCAAACCUGGCCAAAGAAAAGUUUUGUUUACAUGUUUCAAGCGAAAUUUGAAGAAUGAAACUAAAGUAGCUCAGUUAGCAGGUACCGUUGGUUCGGAAUCAGCAUACCAUCACGGUGAAGUGUCUUUGAUGUCUACAAUUGUCAGUUUGGCUCAAGAUUUUGUUGGCAGCAACAACAUAAAUCUAUUGCUUCCACUUGGUCAAUUCGGGACUAGAUUGCAGGGUGGUAAAGAUGCUGCCAGUGCUCGCUAUAUUUUCACCAAAUUGAGUCCACUUGCUAGAAAAAUAUUUUCCAAGUUAGAUGAACCUUUACUCCAUUAUCUAUACGAUGAUAAUCAACGAGUUGAACCAGAAUAUUAUGUCCCUAUACUCCCAAUGGUGUUGGUAAAUGGAGCUGACGGAAUUGGAACCGGAUGGAGCACUAAGAUUCCCAAUUAUAAUCCAAGAGAUGUUGUUGCAAACUUGAAGAGAUUGAUUAAAGGAGAAGAAAUUGUUCCGAUGAAACCCUGGUUCAAAGGAUUCCGAGGUUUGAUUGAGAAAAUCGACGCUCAACGUUAUAUCAGUUUUGGUGAAGUCGCUAUUCUUGAUGAAGGCAAGAUUGAAAUUACUGAACUUCCGGUUCGAGUCUGGGUUCAGGCUUAUAAAGAAAAUGUUCUCGACCCAUUCCUUCAUGGUAAUGACAAGCAACAACAAAUUAUCAAUGAUUACAAAGAGUAUCAUACAGAUACAACUGUUCGUUUCGUAGUAUCCAUAUCACCUGAGAACCUUAGAAAAGCAGAGCAGCAAGGUAUCCACAAAUUUUUCAAACUCCAGACUACAUUCACCACUACCUCAAUGGUUUUGUUUGAUCACAAUGGUUGCAUUAAACGUUAUGAGACUCCUGAAGAAAUUUUGUUGGAAUUUUAUGAUAUGCGUCUCGUGCACUACAAUAAGCGAAAGGCUUAUCUUGAAGGAAUGCUUGAAGCAGAAGCUUUGAAGUUGGAAAAUCAAGCUCGUUUCAUUGUAGAAAAGAAUUCAGGUCAGAUUAAAAUGGAAGGUGUUGGAGUUAAAGCCAUGAUCGAGACAUUGAUUAAAAAGGGCUAUGAUUCAGAUCCUGUGAAAGCCUGGCAAAAGAAGAACCAGUUUGAUUCUCCAGAACAGCCUGUAGAUGAAGAUAACGAAAAAUCAGUGGAAUCUGGACAGCAAGAUGGCAAUCUUACCGGUCCAGAUUAUGAUUACCUGCUUGAUAUGGCUAUGCGAUCUAUGUUGAAAGAAAAAGCUGAUAAUCUUCUGAAAACUCGUGAUGCUAAAAAAUCAGAGCUCAAUGAACUGAAAAAAACUACUGUCCAAGAAAUGUGGCUACGAGAUCUUGAUGAUUUCAUAGAAGAACUGACUAAUGUUGAAAAAGAACAAGACGAGGCAGCUGCUAAGGCUAUCAAACCAAAAGGUGGAGAUGGAGGAAAGAUUCGAGGCAAAAGCACUAAAAAGUCCGAUGCUGAUACUAAACCCUCUGAAUUUGGAAGACGAAUUGAACCUGAAAUCGAUCCUGCUCUAUACGCUAAACAAACUGCUGAUUGCAAGAGACGUGCUAAAAAAUCCUCAAAGGAAAUCGAAAGCGAUCCUGAUGCUACUGAGAUUCUCGAUGAUAUCCCAAUAUUGAGCGAUGAUGCAGAGGAAGACGAGGAUGUACCUUUACUUGCCAGAUUGGAUAGAAAGAAGGACGGUAAAACAAAGUCUGUGGCAACUAAAGUUAAAGAACCUAAGACCAAUAAAGCAAAAGGUAAAUCAUCCAAUGAAAAUCUCAAACAGACUACUCUGAAUUUUAAACCGAUUGGUAAAGUGACCAAAGAUGACAAGGCUGACGCAGAUAGCAAUAGCACUGAAAUUGAAAAACCUAUUACGAAAACUAAAGAAGUUGCUGCUAAGAAAAAUCUCGUAACCAAAACAACUCAACCCAAGCAAAAGUCAAAGCCUAAAAAGCGUAAAUCUUGGGGCUCAGAUGAUUCUCUCACUGAAGAUGAUGAAGAUAUUGUCUUGAGUUCUGGUUCGAGUACUGAAGAUGACGAAGAGCAAAGUGAUGUUCCUGUUGAACCUAAAUCCAAGAGAGCUCGUAAAAAUGUAUUAUAUCGAAUCGACAGCGAUGAUUCCUUUUUAGAACAAAUUUAGAAUCAAAUAUUUUUUUGUACAUAUUUUCGAAAUCUAUUUCAUUUUACAAGCACAAACUCAUAAUUUAAUAUCGAUUACAUUUUAUUCAUUAUCCAUUAAACUUGCUAUAUCUAUA